AUGAAGAUUUCGCCGCCGCAUUCGGACUCCCUGAUGAUGCAGUGGACGAGGUGGAAAUGGAUAACGAUGAAGCGUGGCUGGCUAUCACCAACGCUAAAGAGUUUUCCUGAUCUUCCAAGGGGAAAUCGCAUCAAGACUGCGUCUGCUAUCAUCGACAACCUCUUCGGAGUCAUUUCGAGACGUGACCACACCGCUGUUGGGGGACUGGUUACGUGCAUAGCCGAACAUUUCAGUCUCGAGUUGCACGAGAGGAAGGUGAUCGGUCGGGUGGCACAUUUAGAUGUGAAGAUGCUCGAGUAUAUCGGAGCCCUAACCCGAGAAGCUGGCACGCACAACUGGAUGGUGUCAACGACGGAGAAGUUGCAUUUUCCUAACCCCUCUUUUAUAGACCUCUCCGUCACUACGAACGUGAAGAUGCAGCAUGUCGACUUUCCCGAGCAACCAGAGCAGAUCCCGCAAGAGCAGCCACAGGAGGAGCAGGUCCCAGCCGAGCAACAGCAAAGCUUAGCCCGUCCAUCAGACUCUGACCCAUCAGCCUCCGACGUGCAUAGGAAGCUUGAGCUGAUGCGAGUUGAGCACGCAGCGACUCAGGCUCGGGUCGAGGAGUUGGAACUAGGCCCUUCUCACUUAUGCCACUCAUCUUGCCUACCGCACGCACUAGGAUGCCAUUCAUGA